AUGUAUUCUGUAGUAGAUAAAGACAACAGGACAUUAAAUCUGUAUGGAAAUAACGAGCUGUGGGAAGGUUUAUUUAGAGACUGUGCCGUAAAAACAUCGUUGACUUGUGUGAAAAGAAAUGUGUUUGAAUAUCUAAAUCGAUCAAUCGAAACCGACGGGGAUUUCCCUGUCACUGAUAGCUUAAUAUUCACGAGGAAUGGUAAUGAGAUUUUUGAGAAUAAAUAUGACAGGAAUUUGAAUAACGUGUCAUAUCACCACGACCACGGAAAAAGUGUUAACGACAGUGAACGUUUUGAAGAGCGUUCAUUCAGUUCCUUUCACAGUUUAACGAAUGCUCUUUACGAUAAAGGCGUGAAGUUCAUUAUGACGCAUGACCUUGUUCUUCAACUGCCCGAAAUGUUGUUUGAUGGCGCUCAAGUACGGAUUUCACCGAAGGGUCUCGAAGAGGAUGGUGUAAUUUCAUAGGAGAGCGAAAUUAUUACGAAGAAAGUAAUAGUGUUUGAAAAGAAACAGAAGCUGUUGAUGGCCUUCUUUGCGUUAAUGAUGGUGAUAAAGUUGAUCAAGGUGAAAUUGAUGUUCGUGCUUCCUGUUCUCCUUGGUGUCGGGACGGCAAAGAAGCUAUUUCUGAAGCUGCUUCUCUUCCUCUUCCCAGCCUUCGCACAUAUCUUCAAGUUCUGUGCGUUUUACCACGCGGCGCACACCAAGUUCCAUCAUCAUCAUCAUCAGAUCGCACAUCAUCAUCACCAUGUUCCGGUUCCGGUUCCUGUCCACGUGGACCAUAGUGUCCAUUUGGACCACGGGCCACCACCAUCUUCUCACUACGGUCCCAGCAGUUGGGACUCCACCGGCCCGGAAUAUAUCUCCAACCGUAAUGAGUAUCUGACCCCCGCACAGGAAAACGAACUGGAAAGUUGGGGGCUCAUGUCUAAGGGCUUAUUUCAUGUCCCUGCAGCAGCCCUUGGUUCUCAUCCCCAAUCUCUGGCAUACAAUGCGUACACUCAAUAUCUGGAGGACCAGAGGGUGUCGAGAAGUGCACUCCCUGUCACCGAACCUAGUAUAUUCCUUCCGCCAAAACAACAAACUCCUGCCAAGUUUGAUCCAAAUAUCAUCUCCCCACCACAACCACCUCCUUAUCUCAACAACCAACAACAAUUCGUGCAGAAACAUCAACCGUUACAGCUGCUUCAUCAACAAAGUCAGAAACAACAAAGCAACAACUUUGGAAAUGGUAAUUUAAUACAACAACAAAGAGUAAUUCAAGUCGUAGAUCCAACAGCUGUAGCUGAGAAUAAACAAACAAAAUUACAACAACAGCAACAACAAAAAUAUCAGCAGUUACUUUUGGAACAACAAAAGUACCAACAGUUUUUGAGGGAACAAGAGCAGUCACUGAAGCUGAAAGCCUUGACUCCGAGGCCCGCUACUGAGGGCACUACUGUACAGGUGACGUAUGAUCCUUUCUACAGUCCAAUGCUGCAGAAGAUGGACAACGUGUUCGUGCAACUUGGGUUUAACGAAGAAGCUUGUCGAGAAAGAUUGGUGUGCAGUAUGUACAAGACUCCUUCCCGAUUCAGUCCCCACAGCAACUUGAUAUCAGCUCAACUCAGCAGGGAAGCCCAUGAACUGCAAAAGCCGGCCGUUCCCAACACUGCGUCCGUCCGGUUCCAUCGAUACAUUCAGGCGGCCAGGGACGGCCAGGAUCAGAGGGACUGCCUGAAGCUGUACCCAGCUUGUACAGUUAGGACGGAAUGAACCUGGUCAAGCCAUGACCCGGAUCAGAAAGAAAACUAUUUUGCUCAAA